AUGACGGACAAGGAGGAGUCUAUCGGUCCUUUAUUAAGUGACAGGAUGUCGGUGCUCUGUCUUAAAGCCGAGUACGUAGGCAAUACGAAUACUAACUUUAUGUAUGGUAUCGAGUCUUUAAACACGCAGUAUGAGGCACUACGACGUGUACGAGGAGACGGGAAUUGUUUCUUUCGGGGUUUUAUCUUUGCAUUAUGUGAACGUCUUUUACCGUCUUUCUCAGGAGGUUUGGAGGACAAUCACGUGACACUACGUCGUCAUAUUCAAUACAAAAUUCAACAUAGUAAGAGUGAGUUGAUUGCUAUUGGAUACAGUGACGUUGCCAUCGAUACGUUCUGGGAAACAUUUGUCGACUAUUUGGCUGCCAUGGAGACACGUUCGUAUGCGGAAUUAGUACGGGAUUUUCAAACAGAAGGAGGUGAAGCCGAGUAUCUUGUGUGGUACAUGAGACUCUUGACAGCGGGGUAUAUGAAGAAGAAGAGCGAGAUGUUCCAACCGUUUAUUGACGGAUUGUAUCCAGGGCAGACAGUGGCACAAUUUUGUGCUUCAGAGGUGGAGCCGAUGGGGAAAGAGUGUGAUCAGCCACAGAUUACAGCCUUGACGGAAGCUCUUCAGGUUGGUGUGAAGAUUGAGUAUCUGGAUGGAAGUGCAGGACCUGGAGAGAAACUUCAAAGCUACGUGUGCUCACCAUCACAUGAUGUGAUGAAGCAACGGGAAUCGGAGAUGAUCACGCUUUUGUAUCGACCGGGACAUUAUGAUAUCUUGUACCUGCGAGAAUCUGAAGAUAAAUGA